CUGCCUUCAUUGAUUAUGAAGCUGAUUUCGGAUAUGUAUAAGCAAGAAGAGAAAAUGCAGCAAGAACUGGAAGCUUUAAACCGUACAUCGUUGGAGUUUCCCCACUGCUGUUACUGUUUUUUUUUUCUGUAUUUAGAUCAACAUCAAAUUUCGAGUUUCAUCAUUUCUUUUGAAUGCUGUGCUAGUAGCUACUUUGUAAAUACAUUUGUAUAUAUAGCGGAGAUGAGCACACAAACCCGUUCCGGUGGUGGUGGCGGUGGCCGCAACAAGUCCAAGGCUAGCAAGGAGAACAAAGAGAAUGCUGGCACGGACGAUUCACAGCAGCAGCAGCAGCAACCGUUACAACAACAGAAAGGUGGUGCCACAAACAACUCCGGUGGUGGUGAGCCGAAACAGAAGAAAGGCACAGACAAUUCCGGAUCCAAAGGUGGUGAUUCGAAGGACAAACAACAUCACCAGACAACCACACACGUCAAGGUCAAGCAACCGACUGCCGAACAGAUUCGCAUUGCUCAAAUUACAGACAUCAAAAGCGGUAUGGAUGAUCCGAAGAUACAGGAGAAAAUCCAGAAUUUGAUGGAAACAACGCAGCGUUCGGAGGAAGAGGUUUGCUGUGCUCUACAAGAGUGCGACAAUGAUCUAGACCGUGCGGUGAUUUUCCUUCUCGAAACACUUCCGGUAGGAGCAUUCGCCACGACUUCCAAAAAGAAGAAAAACAAAUCACAGAAUAAGGAGCAGAACGACGCAGCUCCAAGUGAUGGCGAUUGGGAUAAUGGCGCAGUGAAUACUGGCUCCGGAUCCGGAGGAGGUGGAGGCUCGAGCAGCGAUCCCAAGGAUCGUCGUGGAAAUCGUUCUGGCAACACACAACGUACCGGUGGGGGAGGCUCGGGUGGAGUUGGAUCCGGUCGAGGAGGGCGGGGUAACUUCCGCGACGGAGAUCGUGGUGGUGAUCGGGAUCGCAAUGGUUUUGACCGUGGUGGACGUGGCCCACGUGGUCGGGAUGGUCGCGAUGGUGGUCCAGGCCGUGGUAGCUACAACGGUGGAGGAUCUCGUGGUGGACGCGGUGGUGGGCCACGUGUUGGAACGCGUGGUCCCGGAUUGCGGGACCAAAAUCGAGGAGCACGGUUAACCGAUCAUCAGGAGAUAGACGCGUGGGAUCCGGUAACGACCACAAAUUCUAAUGAUCUCAACAAACCGGAAGAAUCUUCUGCGUUUACCGACACCUGGGGAGACUGGGAUAAUGAGGAGUACACGGGUUCUUUGUCGGAUACCAAAGUCUUCACACCGAGCACGCAGUCUACUGUGGUGUCACAGCAACCGCAAGGAGCAGCGCAACCGCAACAAACAACUUCCCAGUUGCCGCCACCGCAAUCUCAACCUACGCCACAAUCGCAGUCUCAACAGCAGUCGACGCAACAGCAACCUUCACUGGUAGCUGCCCAGCCAGCUGCAGUCACGACUUCGGUGACGAAUCCUACGGAAUUAUCCGCCCCGCCAGGUCUAGAACAGCAGAUUCUAAAUCCACCACAGCCUAAAGAGACUGAUCUGGUGCAACAGUAUAGCACCACCGUCGUGUCAAGCACGGCGACGGCAGCGGCCGCUGCCAGUAAUACGGUCCAGUAUCCAGAUCUCCACUCGACGUCCAGUACAACACAGCAUCUGCGUCAAACUAUUGACAUACCGCAGAUAAACUCUUCCUCGUCGCUCUCCGCAGAACAAUCACAGUAUUUCAAUACGUUAUCUUCUCAGAAUUCCAAUCUCCAGCCGAGUGUUGUGAACACGUAUCCUCCAAGCACUGUGCAAUAUCCGGCCACUUUCGGGUCGAGCAGCAGCUAUAGUGAACAGGUUUCAUCGUCGCAGCAGGCACCGGUGGCACGUCGACCGCGGGCACGAGUCCCGCCGCCGUCGAAGAUUCCAUCCAGUGCCGUCGAGAUGCCGGGUGACAGUCUAAACAACAUUGGAUAUCUGGAUGUGCAAUUCGGUGCACUUGAUUUCGGCACCGACGAUUCGUUCGACAGUGUUUCUGUGACGGAUAAGUUCAAUGCGAACAGUUUGGAACAGAAUGCCCCGUCGGCUGUCCAAUUGCCACCGACAGUUCAGCCAACGCAACCGGACGUUAGUGAUUAUCAGAGUAAAUCGAAUGUCGUGAAUAAUCUUCAGCCUAAAUCGAAUCUAAGCAGUAGCAUGCAAAACCCUCAAAUUUUAUCAGGACAAAAUGAUCCACUCACGGCGACGCAGAGUGAUCCUUUGUCUAGUAGUUAUUCCCAGCGCAAUAGUUCCACCGUUGUUCCUUCAUCAGUUAGUACAGGUGUUAAUGUGAAUUCUAUCAACAGUACCACUUCGACACUGGAACAAUUGACUAAGACUGAUCCCUAUAGUCAAUCCACUGGGACGAAUGCUGCUUCGGGUGGAUAUCAAAAUGUAUCGUACUCUACAUCGCAGGCGAACAAAACCUCGUCGUAUCCAUCUUCGGCUGCGCCGCAGGGAUACAACAAUUCUAGCUAUUCAAACUCACAGGUAUCCACCAACACUUACCCAGCGUCGUCCAAUAACUAUAGCUCGUAUAAUCAGAGCGGGGUCAACUCGUAUCAGCAACCGAGCAGUAAUGUGUCAAGUAGCGUUGUGCCCAACAAUAAUUCUAACAGUUCCGUUGGUGUGUCUGCUGUGAAUCAGUCUAAUCCUAACCUACCGGUUAACAGCAGUAAUGUAAGCAACAACAGUUCGAACAGCAACGCGGGAUAUCUGUCCAGUCAGUAUCCGGUCAGUCAGACGUCGUCGGCCUUCCCCUCGCAACAGAACUACCAGAACAGUUCCCAGAAUGUGUACGGAAACACGGGACUGAAUAGUAAUACGGGGUACUCGAGCAGUGCAAGUACCUCCUCCGGACAGUAUAGUAAUUUUAGCAGUUCGAAGCUUAAGGACACACCCGUAUCUACGCAAUUUGAAAGUGUUGCCUCCAGUACGGUACCCAACAAUAACAACACGAACAACAACAAUGUGUCGAAUUCUUCUUCCUCGCUGCCAAACAGCUCCGUGGUAUCCACGACAAGUAUGAGUUCACCAUCGUUUGGUUUAACGAAUACUAAAGUGACCAAUUCCACAGCUAAAAGCAGCAGUAGUAGCGGAACCGGAGUGGUGCCCAACAUACCGAUGGUCAACCCGUACAUUCAACCUGGUGUACCGUUCUACCAGCAACCGGUUUACUCGUACGAGGAUCUGCAAAUGAUCCAGCAGCGUAUGUCUGGACAUGUGCCUGGAUAUUAUGAUGUGAAUUAUCAGACACCGACGAGCCUCGGAGCGGGCGGAGUACGCGACGCUAACCUCGGUUCCGUCGCGUACUCGACCAUGUCCGAUGGUCGGUUCACUCGAACCGACAACAACUCGUCUCCUGUUAGUAACGUUCCAAGUACCAUGUCACAACAAACAGGGUCUGGUGGUCCUAUGUUGAACCUGCCAUACGCUUAUUUUUACGGCGGCAAUGUGAUGCCCACAGGCUUCCAAUAUGGCACCCCAGCAAUAUAUCCUCAACAAAUGGCGACGAAUGCGACUUCGGGAGGACAAUUCCAAAAGCCGGCGUACAACAGUGGUUAUGGAACUAGUGGAUACGACACGUUGAGCCAAACCGGGCAGGAUUACAACAAGAAUGCUUAUCCGACGUCGAAUGUCGGACAGCAGUCCAAGGGACAGACGGUUAGCAAUCCACAAUCGGCUGGAGGAACGGGUUCCGAUAUUGCGCCUUCGAUGUAUGGCAAAAGCCAUGUCGCGCUAAAUAAAGUCAAUUCGUACGAGAAACAAUCGUUUCACUCGGGUACUCCACCCCCUUACAACAUUGCCGGAACACAGACUGCGGGAGCAACGUCCGCACAACCCUACGGGCAGCAUCUCUAUAUUCCGACGAUACCAACUCAUCAUAAUAUCAACAUGCAUCAAGCAAUGCAUCAGAUGGACAAUAGAAGUUUUAAUAGUGGUAGUGGUGUGAUGAGGGAUUCCAACAGCAGUGGUCAGAGACCACAAUCGAACAGCCAGGGUAAGACUGCAACCAAGCAAGGCUAUUCACCAUCGACUUAUUGGGCAGCGCAGAAUUAAAUACACACGUGUCCACAUCAAACCAAACGCUCGUAUAACGCAUUCGGAGCGACAUAAAAAGUACUGGUAUAUCCGAACACUCAUCCAAAUAUGAAGUCACACACAAACGCAUAGUUAUUCACAUUCAUCCGCUGUAAACGCUGCAAGCUAUCCGUACACAACACGCUGUUCGGUAAAUUGGAGACUGGACUGUGCAAAACAGAAAGAGAAGAUAAAGAAGAUGGUAAAUAAUAUAAAAAACUAAACGAAAAAGAUCUACUUAAAAGUCAAAGCUGAAGUCGAAUGAAUAAAAAAUUUGCAAAACACACUUAAAAGAUAUUUAAAGUAAAGGGAAACUCAUUGAAUGAAUUUAGCAAAAAUACACGUUUACACACAUACAUUCUUAAACCAGAAAAGAAAUUGAUUCAUUGAAUGCUAUAUACACAAAAACUAUCUUACAGAGGUCAGCUGCAAGUGAGUAUUUUCGGUUUUCGUUUAAUUUUUAAUGAAUGCAAAUCUUCUUUUCAAAUCUUUUUUUUAAUGUUAUUCUUAUCGAAUUACUCGCGGAAACAGUAAGAAGUAUGAAUACAAUAGUAAAAAGCGCAAGUAAAAAAAAAGUAUACAGAGAGCGCGUGUAUGAAGGCAAGCAGAAAAACAAAACACAUAAAUUAAUAACAUGUUCUGUAAUAAUUUAAUUUAAAUGUAGAGACGAAAUUUCUAAUAUACCUGUAAACAUUUUA